AUGGCAGACUCUGAGAAUCCGCAGGAGGAUAUUAGCGUCCCACCAGCAUUUGAAGGAGGCAUUGAGGUUGCCAUCAGAUCAAGGGAGCUUUCGUAUAGUCCGUAUUCGUCGUUUAGAGUAGGAUGCUGUAUCCAGACCAAAUGCGGGAAAUACAUAUCUGGUUCGAACGUAGAAAAUGCAAGUUACGGGGCAAGUAUUUGUGCUGAGAGAACAGCAGUUGUUAGAGCCGUUAUGGAUGGCCAUACGGAUGAUUGGGCAUGUAUAGCUAUCAGCGGUGAUUCGCUACAACAAUGCAUAUCACCAUGUGGAAUUUGCAGGCAAGUUCUAAGGGAAUUCACGAACCCUAAAACCUUCCCCGUAGUGAUGUUAAAUGGGGAUGGCACUAAGCGGAGACUCAUGACCUUGGAGGAGCUUCUACCGGAUAGCUUUGGGCCCGAUGACUUGCAUCAUACGGCUUGA